UAAGCUAUUCUGUUUAUAUCGUUAUCGUGUCUUCAGUAAAUUAAUGCAAAUAUUAUAAAUAACAGCAGCAGCGAAAUAAAAAUCUUUCAAGACAUUGGCUGGAGUCUUAUUAAAACAAUUUUAGAAAAUGUCGUGGGUGAAGGAGAAUUGUGUUUCUUUCUUCCAGCUCCUUUGCAUAAAAGUGGUUAAUACAGGUCGUAUACCACAACAUAUAGCAUUUAUAAUGGACGGUAACCGUCGCUAUGCAAAGAAACAUAGCGUAAAUAGUUCCGAGGGACAUUACAAAGGAUUUGAUAAGCUUUCAGAGACUUUAAAGUGGUGUCUAGACAUUGGAGUUCCAGAGGUGACAGUUUACGCAUUCAGUAUAGAGAACUUCAAGAGAAAGGAAGAAGAAGUUUCUGCUCUUAUGAAUUUAGCCCGGGAUAAAUUCAAGAGACUCUUGGACGAAAUGGACCAAUUGAAUGAAUGGGGAAUGAGAGUCCAUGUUGCUGGUAGGCUGUCUUUACUGCCUGAUGAUUUGAGAAGCCUUGUCUCCGAAGCCAUGUUAGCGACCAAAGACAACAAUAAGCUUAGGUUGAAUAUAGCUUAUGCAUAUACUGGUAGAGAUGAAAUCAGUCGGGCGGCAUCACACAUAGUUGAUGGUGUUAGAAAUAACGAACUGGCCCCAGAAGAUAUUGAUGAAGAACUAGUUUCACAGACGCUAGAACUCAGUGAGCCAGAUUUACUAGUCAGAACUUCCGGAGAAGUGAGACUGUCCGAUUUCAUGCUAUGGCAGGUAUCCAAUUCAGUUGUUUAUUUCACUGAUGUUUUGUGGCCUGAUUUCACAAUAUGGAACUUGUUAGCUGCCAUUAUACACUUUCAAAGGCAUGCUGCUUUACCAAAGGCAGGGGAAAACACUACUAGUGACAGAAAACAACAGUUUUUAAGACAAUUAGAAAGCCGAAGGCUUCAGGAGUUACAAAAAUACGUAAACUGCUGACAUUUUAUGUUAUUAAUUUGUUGAAGCUGAAAGUAGGAUAAGUUAAUUUUGUUGUGUAAAAAUAGGGAUUUUAUGGUAUGGAUAAUCACAUUCCAAACUUGUAUGAAGUACGUAGGGGAGUAUGCUAAACUUAUAUUGUGUCCUAUUAUUGAAAGAAGGUAAAUCUGAUAGCAAUAAUACAAGGUGUUUCUUAUUUAAUAAAUUAUUUAUUUACUA